UCAAUUAUUUUUGAUGAAGUGGAUCUGACGGACGCCAGCGUAGCAGAAUCGAGCACGAAGAACGUUAACAACAGCUUUACUGGAGGAGCUCAUGCUUUUCCAUGGUUUGUGCGUCCCGAGCUGCUUGUGCGUGUUCGCUGUGUUUUCAUAUGCAUUUUUCUGCCUGCUGCUGGUUUGUGGGAGGGUCUCCGGCAGGACGCGGCUCUCUGAGUCAUCGUGAUGGAAACAGGGAGGAGUCUUUGAAAGAGAGAGGGAAGGAAAGAGACAUGGAUCAGCUGAGGAAGGAGAAUUAGGAAUGAUUUGCCACUGAGCCGGUUCGUAGACCUGCAUACCGCUCCGACCGACCUACGCAGACAGGAAAAGAGAGAGCCAUAGAGAGACUAAAGGAGAACGGAGAGGUUUAUUGGAGCGUCUGGAUUUUGCCGGCAAAUAAGUAAUCACUCCGUGUCGUCGACUAGUUCUGUGUGCGGAAAACAGGAAAGAAAUGGAGGAAUGGAUCGCAGCGCUGAAGAGUGUUCAGAACAGAGAACACUUUGAGUCCACUCAGUUCAGUAUGGAUCAUUUCUCUGGGAUGCAUAACUGGUACGCCUGUUCCCACGCUCGCCCCACGUACUGUAAUGUCUGUCGGGAGGCUCUGUCGGGGGUCACGUCUCACGGACUGUCCUGCGAAGUGUGUAAGUUUAAGGCUCACAAGCGUUGUGCGGUCAGAGCAACUAAUAACUGCAAAUGGACGACACUGGCCUCUAUCGGCAAAGACAUACUGGAGGAUGAGGAUGGGAUCUCGAUGCCUCAUCAGUGGCUGGAGGGAAAUCUGCCCGUCAGCGCCAAAUGCACCGUGUGCGAUAAAACCUGUGGCAGCGUCCUGAGACUGCAGGACUGGCGCUGUUUAUGGUGCAAAGCCAUGGUGCAUGCUGGGUGCAAAGAUCAGCUCUCUCCGAAGUGCCCGCUGGGUCAGUGUAAAGUCUCUGUGAUUCCACCCACUGCUCUCAACAGCAUCGACUCAGACGGGUUUUGGAAGGCGACGUGUCCUCCGACCUGCACGAGCCCGUUGUUGGUGUUUGUGAACAGUAAAAGUGGAGAUAAUCAGGGCGUGAAGUUUCUGCGGCGCUUUAAGCAGCUGUUGAAUCCCGCACAAGUGUUCGAUCUGAUGAACGGAGGGCCACAUCUGGGCUUGCGUCUGUUUCAGAAGUUCGAUACGUUUCGUAUCCUGGUGUGUGGAGGCGACGGCAGCGUCGGAUGGGUUUUAUCAGAGAUUGACGCUCUGACUUUGCACAAACAGUGCCAGCUUGGCGUACUUCCUCUGGGAACAGGAAAUGACCUGGCGAGAGUUUUGGGGUGGGGCUCGGCGUGUGACGAUGACACGCAGUUACCGCAGAUACUGGAGAAACUAGAGAGAGCCAGUACCAAGAUGCUUGACAGAUGGAGUAUUAUGGUAUAUGAGACCAAGUUGCCACGGCAACACUCCAGCUCCACGGUAACAGAGGACUGUAGUGAGGACUCAGAGGUGCAGCACAUUCUGACCUACGAGGACUCAGUUGCUGCUCAUCUCUCUAAAAUCCUGACAUCGGACCAGCACUCCGUGGUCAUUUCAUCUGCCAAAGUCCUGUGUGAGACGGUAAAAGACUUUGUUGCGAAAGUUGGACGUGCUUACGAGAAAAACACAGAAAACUCAGAUGAAUCAGAGGCCAUGGCUAAAAAGUGUGGUGUGCUUAAAGAAAAGUUAGACUCGUUAUUGAAAACACUUAACGAGGAAGCCCAGGCCAGCAGUGUGAUGUCUGCGCCGCCGCCCACUAUCGCUGAGGAGCAGGUGGACGGGGAGGGUGUGGUUCUGGCUCCGCCCACUGCCCCGCCCACAGUCACGGCUCCUUGUUCACCUCGUCCGCCUGCCGCCAUCUUCAAACCCCGAGAGCAGCUGAUGCUUCGUGCCAACAGUCUGAAGAAAGCCAUCAGACAAAUCAUAGAGCACACCGAGAAAGCGGUGGAUGAACAGAACGCUCAAACGGAGGGUUUGCCUUCACUCCCAGCAGAGGAAGAAGACGAGGAUGAUGGUUCAGAAACAUUAUCCCUACAGUCGUCAUACAGUAACAGAGCGCGACCCAGCAGACGAGCGUCUAAGACUCCAUGUGAGAAGCUCAUCAGUAAAGGAAGCCUGUCCAUUGGAAGCUCCGCCUCACUUCCUGCUCAUACGGGAAGUAGAGAGAACAUGCCCAUGCUGAACACCAAGAUCCUCUACCCAAGUCUCAGAGCAGGUGUGUCGGGCUCUUUUAGCGGUUCGGUGAUCACCAGGCUGUUGGUCAAUGCUGAUCCGUUCAACUGUGAUCCGGAGAACCUGGAUCUGUACACGGAGAAAUGUGUGAUGAAUAAUUAUUUCGGGAUCGGUCUGGAUGCCAAAAUCUCUCUGGACUUCAACAACAAACGUGAUGAGCAUCCAGAGAAAUGCAGGAGUCGCACUAAAAACAUGAUGUGGUAUGGAGUCCUGGGAACCAAAGAACUUCUGCACAGAACAUACAAGAACCUGGAACAGAGAGUUCUGCUGGAGUGUGACGGAAGGCCAAUUCCUCUUCCCAGUCUCCAGGGAAUCGCCGUGUUGAAUAUUCCCAGUUACGCAGGAGGAACGAACUUCUGGGGCGGAACUAAAGAGGACGAUACAUUCACGGCCCCGUCGUUUGACGAUAAGAUCCUGGAGGUGGUGGCUGUGUUCGGCAGCAUGCAGAUGGCUGUAUCUAGAGUUAUUAAUCUACAGCACCACCGUAUCGCACAGUGUCGAACAGUCAAGAUCACUAUUCUGGGAGAUGAAGGUGUACCUGUGCAGGUGGACGGGGAAGCCUGGAUCCAACCGCCCGGAUACAUCCGGAUCCUCCACAAGAACCGCACACAAACCCUCACCAGAGACCGGGCGUUCGAGAACACUUUGAAGUCGUGGGAGGAUAAACAGAGAGGUGAGAUUCCACGGCUGGUUUCCCAGCAUGCAUCGCAGCCGGAGAUCGUUUCGGAAGAGGAAACCGCUCAGAUCAGCCUGUUCGGACAGGCGGCCGGUGCUCUUAUACACAGUAUCAGGGAAGUGGCACAGUCUCAUCACACUAUUGAGCAGGAAUUGGCUCAUGCUGUCAACGCCAGCUCUAAAGCCAUGGAUCUGGUGUACGCCAACUCUAAAAGCAGCGGGGGUUUGACCUGCAGCGUGGUGAUGGAGAUGGUCAGUAAUGUCAAAGCUCUGCACAGUGAGACCGAACUGCUGCUUGCAGGGAAGAUGUGCCUGCAGUUGGAUCCUCCUCAGAAAGAUCAGCUGAUGGGUGCGUUGGCUUCAGUCACUCAGCAGUUACGCAGACUGACAGACAUCAGCUGGCUCAGUCAGCUCAUCGACCCGGCCGACGACGAGGGUCAGCUGUCUGAUUUCUCCAAGCGCAGUCGUAGCGCUAAAUUCCGUCUCGUGCCCAAAUUCAAGAAAGACAAAAACAACAAAAACAAGGAGACGUGCGCCGCCCUCAACAUGCCAGUGAAUACGUGGGGCGUGGAGGAAGUGGGCGUCUGGUUGGAGAUGCUCUGUCUGUCCGAGUAUAAGGAGAUCUUCAUCAGACACGAUAUCAGAGGACCAGAGCUGCUUCAGCUGGAGAGGAGAGACCUGAAGGAUCUCGGAGUGACUAAAGUCGGCCACAUGAAGCGGAUCCUGCAGGGAAUCAGGGAUUUGAGUCGAAACAGCACAGUUAGCGAAGCCUAGACGCUCCGCAGCCAAUCAGAGGCCUCGUUUCACGUGACGUAGCUUCACUCGGCCAAUCAAACGCUCAGUCACGACUUGAAUCAGCCAUACUCCGCCCACCACCUCAUGAGGACCAACGACCACUCGACUCGACCAAUCACAGUGCCUUCUGUUCUCCACCUUUGUGACAUCAUCGCUUUGGGGGAAACUAUUGUGCUACCUAGAAGGGGGAGAUUUAUCAAGAGCCAUCAGAGGGUCGUACCAAUAUCAGACUUUGAGCAAAUGACCAUCCAGCCAAAUGAAAAUUCACUGAAGACAACAUGAAAUCCAAGUUCACCCCUUGUUUUUUUUUUUUGAAUACUUGUCUUUUAAAUUUGCCACUAGAAUUUUAUUAUUUUCUUCACCUCGAAAACAGAUUUUUUUAUUUCCGCUGAUGUCACCGUGGCCGAAAAUGAUAUUAGCCUAUAAUCUCAAACCCUGCAUUUCACGAUCUAAUCAAAUCCUGAUGGAUAACAUUAAGUCCCCCCAUUACUUUCUGCUAAAUAUUCAUUUUCAUUUUAAAAUGUCAUUUUUUUAAUGAGCUAAAUGUGUGGUGAAUGCGGUUUCAUGUUGUCUUGAAGACGUUUGGCUCUGUGCAAAACCUAGUGAGCUGCCUUUCUGUUUACUGCCUACAUAGACAGCUGCCUUCUAAGCCACCAGAGACUCUCAAAUGAUUUCUAGUCAAUUUGAUGCUCAAAUUAACAUAAAAUACACUGUCUAUCUAUCUAAAAAUGAAAAACAUUUAAUAUUGGGUCAAAUAAUUUACAUUUAUGCAUUUGGCAGAUGCUUUUAUCCAAAGUGACUCAUUCAGGGUAUUAAAUUAAAUUAUUAAAUUAAAUUAAAUUAAAAACGUAUAAAUAUAAAUAAUAAAUUAAUGAAGUAAAUAAUAUAAAUACAAUUAAAAAAAUUAUUAAAGAUUAGUUGCAAUAUGCAAAGAAUAAUGUAUAGCCAGUGUCUCCCACCAAAAUAUUUACUUUUAUGUAUUUGGCAGACAUGUUUAUCCAAAGUAACUUGCAUUGCAUUGCAUUGUAUUGCAUAAAAUAAAAUUUAAAAUAAAAAAAUAAUAAUUUUUGUUUGGUAAUGAGCAAAAAAAAUCCCCAAAUCCCACCCAAAUAUUUACACUUACGCAUUUGGCAUACACUUUUAUCCAAAGUGACUAACAUUGAAUUCAAUGAAAAAUAAAAUUAAAUGAAAUAAAAUAAUAAUUUUUGAUUGUUUGAUCAAAAUUGGGAAAAAAAUUAAUUGAAGAUGAUUUUGUAAUGGGCAAAAAAAUCCUGAAUUCCCACCCAAAUAUUUACGUUUACAUUCAUGCAUUUGGCAUGCACUUUUAUCCAAAGGGACUAACAUUAAAUUCAAGGAAAAAUAAAAUAAAAUAAAUAUUUUUGGUUGUUUGAUCAAAAUUGAGGAAAAAAUUAAUUGAAGAUGAUUUGUAAUAAGCAAAAAAAAUCCCCAAAUCCCACCCAAAUAUUUAGAUUUAUGCAUUUGGCAUGCACUUUUAAUUCAAGGAAAAAUAAAAUGAUUAUUUUUGACUGGAAAAAUUAAAUUAAAUUAUUAUUUUGAUUGUUUAAUUAAAAUUGAGAAAAAAAAUUAACUGAAGAUGAUUUGUAAUAAGGAAAAAAUUCCAAAAUCCCACCCAAAUAUUUACAUUUAUGCAUUUGCCAUGCACUUUUAUCCAAAGUGACUAACAUUGAAUUCAGUAAAAAAAAUAAAGGAAAAUAACUAGUUUUGAUUGUUUGAUCAAAAUAAUAAUUUAAAAAUAAUUCAAGAUGAUUUGUAAUAAGCAAACAAAUCCCAAAAUGUAUGCAUUUGGCAUGCACUUUUAUCCAAAGAGACUAACACUGAAUUCAACGAAAAAUAUAAAAUAUACAUCAAAUAAAAUAAAAUACUUCUUUAAUUGAAAGGAAUAAAUUAUAUUUCAAUUUUUGCAUUCGGCAGACACUUUUAAUUUAUUUUAAUUUAAUCAUAAUCUCUCUACUUUGUCCACUUUAUCAUACGUGUAAUGCUACCUUAGGAUUUGGCUUAAAGAAGGUGUUUUAAAAUAUGUGAUGCCUUAAAAUGCUGUCACAGUAGGGCGCUCACUAGGUUUGGGAGGGUGAAAAUCAACCAGAGACCUUUAACAUGUUAUUGUGACAAUCAACUGUACUGACUUAUCAGACUCGACCAAUCAAACGCUCCACUAUGCCCCGCCCCUCCACUUCCGCCUCCUUUUCCCUUUCCUGUAUGCCUUAACGUUCCACCAGCAUUCUGAGGAAUCUCAUAUCAGCCUGAAUCACACAUCCAUUCCUGUAUGUUACAGCGGCUCUGUCUGAAUCAAAAACAGCUGAUCCUGAUCUGUCCGGUUUGAUGCAAACACUUAAUAGAAUACAAACGCCAAAGCUCUAUCUAUCGUAUCUCAAUGGAAGUCAGCAUACUGUGUUUGACCAUAGACGUCCAUUGUGAUGCUGUUGAUGGAGAAUAUCUUUAACAUGGAGCAUUCCUUUAAAACAGGUAUUUUACAGAUUUCUCUUGUAUAUUGUCUUUAAAAGAGCAUUGACGGCAGAGUAUUUUACAGAUUUACAGUCUUAACCAGGCGUGACGUGAUAAAUAUGUAUAUGUAAAUCAGUACACACUAGCAACAUCUCAUUGGUCGAAAACUCAAGUCCACAACCAGAUGACCUCAAAAUGAGUUAAAACAAGUAUUAAAAUGGGGCAAAACUAAAAAAACAGUACUUGCGGCUGGAAACUAAUUGCGUCAUGCCUGGUUAGGAAACGACAUGAAAUACUGUUUCAAAUGCCGUACAAAACUUACAAUGUCACAGUCGCCUUGACCACAGAUAGUCAUGUUUUCUAUAGUGUUUUUAAAUGCUUUUUUACACUCUUCUGGGAUUACACAUUGACUGUAUGGGACAAACACUGUCUUUACCCUUUAACUGCUUUGCACAUUUCAUGUGUGAGUCAGAAUAGUGUUUUGUUAGAUGUAGAUGUCAAGUAAGUGUGUGUGUGUGUGUGUAUGUGUGUAUGUGUUUGUUUCUCUCUCCUUCACAUCCAGUCUUACAGUCAAAUCAGACUCAUAUCAUGUCAUUUUGGACUCCUGGGGUGUCCGAUUUAUCUGACUGUUAAGUAUUUAUUUUAUUAAGUUAUAACUUACAUCCAUGUGACGCUGUCCAUCUCUGAUUUUUGUUGUUUUAUUUUUUAUUUUUUGUAUAUAGGCCAUCACUAAGAAUGUAAAUAACUUGUUACUGUACAGUGAAACCGUCUGUAUUAAAACAAGCUCUGUGUAACUCGAAA